CGCGUAAGUACAUCUGGAGAAAUACGGAAGGGCAACUCGUCUCUUACUCACGCAACCACAACGCUACAGCGCUUGUGUUGUCUUGACUGGCCAACUGAACUCAAAUAGCUUAUAUUCGACAUGUCUUUCAUCCGCGGCGCGGUGACGGCGAGAACCCUGGCCCGGGGCGUCCGAUUCAACUCGAGUCAAGCUGCUCCUCAAAAGUCAAAUUCAAACCUUGCUCUAUACUUGACCGGUGCAGGCGCCCUUGGCCUCGGGGCAUAUGCAUACACCAGCUUUGGCGGUGAGAGCGCAGCGCCCAAGGCUGCCGUCCAGGAGAAGAGCCCGCUUGACCCCAAGAACUGGGUUAACUUCAAGCUCAAAAAGGUCGAGCCUUACAACCACAAUACUGCUAAGUUUGUCUUGGAGCUGCCUGAUAACCAGGCGUCGUUGAUGCCCAUUACGUCUUGCGUCUACCUGAGGGCAGCGAAUCCCGAUGACCUUGUAGACGACAAAGGAAAGCCAGUUAUUCGGCCGUAUACACCCAUCUCUACCUCCGAUGCAAAGGGAGAAUUCAUCUUCCUGAUCAAGAAGUAUGAUACCGGCGUCGCUUCCAAGUACAUUCACACCUUAAAGGAGGGCGAUUCGCUUGCAGUCAAGGGACCUAUUCCUAAGCUCGCAUGGAAGACGAAUGAGUUCGAGCAGGUUGGCAUGGUCGCUGGUGGGAGUGGCAUCACCCCAAUGUACCAGCUAUUGGUUCAUGCCCUCCGCGACAAGGAGAACAAGACCAAGUUCAAGCUUAUCUAUGCUAAUGUGUCCGAGGGUGACAUCCUCCUCAAGCAGGAGUUCGCAGAUCUCAAGAAGAAAUACCCCGACAACUUCGACGUUAUCUAUACCUUGGAUAAGCCCAGCAAAGGAUGGACUGGUCCCACUGGCUACGUAAACGCUGAGCUCAUCAAGAAGCACUUGGCCUCUCCUGACCUCAAGGAGAAGGUCAAGGUUUUUGUCUGUGGUCCUCCGCCGCAGAUGGAGGCCCUCGCUGGUGACAAGGCUGGCCGUGACCAGGGCGAGUUCAAGGGAAUCUUGAAGCAGAUGGGCUAUACCCAGGAGCAGGUCUUCAAAUUCUAGACGGCUUGGUCGGUGGUAGAACACCCAUAGUAGUGUGCUGUAGUUACCCUUUGACACACGAACAGGAAGCUUUGUAUUAUUCUUUGCGGCUCCCGUUCAUGUAAGAAAAAGCCAGAAGC